ACUAAAUUUAAGCCGGCCGCCGGACAGAAGCCUGGAAUCUGAUUCAGGAACAGAAGCAGACAUGAGUUUGACUGAGAAGGACAAGGCUGCGGUCAAGGCGCUGUGGGCCAAGAUCUCCAAGGCCUCCGAUGCCAUCGGGGCUGACGCUCUCGCCAGGAUGCUGGUGGUGUACCCCCAGACCAAGACCUACUUCUCCCACUGGCCGGAUAUGAGCCCCGGUUCGGCUCCCGUGGCCAAGCACGGUAGGGUCGUUAUGGGCGGAGUCGCUCUGGCUGUGGCCAAGAUCGAUGACCUGACCAGCGGCCUGCUGAGCCUCAGCGAGCUGCACGCCUUCCAGCUGAGGGUGGAUCCGGCCAACUUCAAGAUCCUGGCCCACUGCAUUCAGGUGGUCAUCUCCAGCAUGUUCCCAAAAGAUUUCACCCCAGAGGCGCACGUGGCUCUGGACAAGUUCCUGUCCAACUUGGCUCUGGCUCUGUCUGAGAAAUACCGCUGAGCUUACACACUCACUCACUCACACACAUGUGGUGAAAUAUUAAUGCAACAAUAAAAGGCAUGUCGUCAAAAAUCUCA